CCUUAACGGACGGCUGAGUCUGUUUUGUCCGCUGCCUGCUAGCCAGUCCGGGCUGAACCGGCGGGACGGUGCCUGCUACAGUAUUUCCUCUGAGCACCGGUGACCUUUACAGCCUGAAGAAAGCGAUGCACGGCGUUGUGUUGAUGUAUUAUCUGCAGGGGCCAUUAGCGCCACGGCUUACUCGCGACGGCUGAGUGUCGGUGAAUUGACCCAGCUAGCUAGUGUGGAUUUAAGGUCGACGGGCUUCUGUACGCGUUGUUGACGUUUCGCUUUGACAGCUGCUGGAGUGCAGCUGGGCUGCUGCUGGUGACAUGCAUUUACGUUCCUGCAUCUGAUCUCAUGCAAACUGUAUAAUAUGAUAACUGGCUAUAGCCAAGACGUGGACGGAAUACAAACAAAAGCAAGCGGGCCCGUUGGACAGUUGUAGAAACUGUGCUGUAAGCACACAGUAACAACAUGCUAAGGCCCUAUUCAUUGACUUCUGAUGCUUUAUACUAACCCAUAAUCACUAAUCAUUGUACUGUAAAUACAAGAAACAUAUUGCACAUGGAUAAGUCAUCAUUCUAGCGUGUGCCAUGCCAUUGUUUAAUGCAAUAACAUCAUAUCAUUGUCUCAUAUACAUGAGUUCAAUACUAUGACUUGUCAACAUUAUAAGGAAGGGAGUGUGUUCACCAUCUCUUACAUAUCCAAGACACACAUCUAUGUUUAUAUCAAUAAAAAAUAUAAUACAUUGUAGAUUAUUUUAUCCUUUUAAAUUUCCAUCCCAGCAUUAUCUUCUUUAGCACUUCUGUAUAUUUGUGUUUUCCGUAUUUGCAGUGUGUCUCUCUAUGUUGUUGGUGAAUGUUUUACUCAGUCAGUUUGCAUGGGUUCUCUAUUUAUUUGCAUCAUGUUCUCUAAAUUCUAUUUACUUUACGAAGCCCUUGAUUAUGCUUUUCGCAUGUGUUUCCCAUAAGUUGCAGUGUGUUUCUCCGCCUUUCAUUGUUAACACGUGCUGUAUCAAGAUGUCUUGGGAUGUGUAGUCUGAAUUAGGUUUUGUAGUCUGCAGUUGUCUUUUUUUUUUCUCAGCUUUUUGGUAAACAAACAAACAAGUGAGAAAUUGUAGUUUCUUGUUUCUUCAGUGAGCCCAAACCAGAUGGUUGUGAUAUGUUCAGAGAAGCCAUGUUUCUGUUGGGCCAAAGGUGAGAGAACACAAUCCACGUUUGAGUCCCUGGUUUAAAAAGGAGUCCUCUUGCUCAAGAUAUAGCUUGUUGUUUUCACCACAUGUCAUGGCUUGCAAAGAUAAGGUCAGCAGUUCUGUUAUGCAAUGCCUCACAUAGGUCGCAGAAGUAAUAUGUUAAUGUCCAUAGAUUAAGGGACAAUAGAUUUGUCAUAUUCUGAUAAGCUGUUUAUUGUAUGAUGACUUAAAUGUAUCUUAUAUUUGUGUUUCCUGGUAUUUUAUUGUUGUACCUGAGUUUAAUGGACAGUGGACAGAAAUAUUGAGAUAUUUAGAUUUGAUGAUAUCACCCAUCCCAUCAUUGAAGCCAGCUAACUCCCUAAAGCAUAUUAUUGUCUGUAUUCAGCCAGGAGUAAGAGCAGCAGUACAGUGGUGCCUAAUAUGUACUCUUCCAUUACAUGCAUUACAAGAUUGUGGUUUGUUUAUAAUGUGUAGUUGUUGUGGAAAAACUCCGAGUGAGAACCUGUUUUAUAGGGAACACCCAGUUACACCCCAUACACACCUUUUACUCUGUCAAACCAACAGAUAAUCAUGAAUCAUGAAAUAGGAAUUUGGACCCAUACAUUAGCCUCCUGAUUUAUCGUAUAACUGGUGUAGGCUCAGUGUGCUGAGACGAUACCAACUACACAGCGCUGCAGGAAUAGACGACGUCGAGCUAAGAUGGAUAUUUGGCGCACGCUGUGAUCAUUAGGAGCAUGGCGGGGGGGCUCCCCUGAACUCCUAGAGCUGUUCAUUUCAAAACAAUGCAUUACCAACAUAGUUUGUGUAUUGUUUGUUGAAAUUACAUCGCAACACUCUGUGUUUGAAAUGGAAAGAUGGCGUUACAAUCGAGUAUAAUGGUGCUCUGCGCUUUGUUAUUCAACACUAUCACUGUCUGCAGUAUAAAGCAAAGGGAAGAGGAACUGAGAUGAGACUUUUAUUGCUUCUCCAUCACAGGUCGACUCGCUUCUUGUGCAGCGGCAGACCAGUGAGGAAGUAAGCUCCUGCUUCAGUGCAGUACUUCCUCUCUAGCUCCUCUUUCUGUCAGCUUUAAACGUGGACAGGCUUCAUAGUGAGUUAGCCCGCCCCUUUAUCACAUAGUGAUUUUGUAUGAUGCUGGUUCACCAGGACUGACACCUGUAAGCCAUCACUUACCAGAGUUUUGUUAUUAUUACGCGAUUGGUUGGCGGUGUCCUCAAUCUAUUUUAAUCUCCAGCUCAUGACUUGGAGGAUGUUUACCUUGUCUUCAUGAGCCGGGUCAGAGGGCCAUGGCCUGGUCAUAAUGUCUGUGUGGCGGAAUAAGCAGCUAAGCUGAAGCGCGACUGAACUGCUGGCUCAUCCGAAAAACAGGAAGUCUCCAAUGUGUUUCUAAAGGCUUGUAACCUGCGGUGUGUUUUGACCUGCACACACAGCUUGAUCGAAAACAAAGUGCUUCAGCAAGCUCUCGCAGAGGCAGCUUCUUCACCGGUACAAGGACGGCGUAGUCACUGUUUGGCUAAAUCAUCGCAGAAAAUAAUGAAUACGUGAGUAUUUACCGAAACAAAUGUCUCUCUGUUAAUCUGUGACGUUAACGCUGAGAAGCAGAGAGACAAUAUGAGCUCUAAUUUCAUUUGUUUUGAAGAGCUUGCUGAUUGUAAAAUGUAUACAGACUUUUGUAAAUGGAGAUUACAUGAGGCGCAGUGAGUGUUGUAGCCUUACAAGCUCAGGUUUUACUCUCAGAGACAGUUGAUGCAAGUUGGUUGUUAAUAUGGUGAACGUCUCUGAGCCACAGGCCAGGAAAUGAAGGCUCGUCGUAACUUUUCUCAGUCUCUAUCGCGGCGCUUUUGUUUGAGAUGAUAAUCUUUAAAUCGGACUCUCACUUUGCUUUUUUUCUUCUUUUACAUGUUUUGCUUUCAAACCAGUCAGUAACUGAUUUAAGCAGUACAUACACAACAUGCUUGGGAGCACAGAGUAGUAGGAAUGUAUCAGAAUCAGCACUUUUUUGUAUUUGAGUUAUGAGCACCUCCAUAGGAAUACUUGUAAUAAGUACUGCCUUUUGAUUUCCCCCCUCUCUCUGUGUCUCUCGCUCUCCCUCUGGGUCAGUCCUGUCUCUUCAUGAUUUAGCUGUCAGAUACAUGUUAAUUGUGAUAUGUGGCAUGUCAAAGAGAAGUCAGCCCUCCAGCUCUCACACCUGCAGUCAUCACAUGCACGUACAGACUUUCUUUUUAUCCUCAGACUGAACUAGAAUACACCGUCUUUGGGGCAUAAGCUCUGAGCUUUGCUACAGAUGCAUGUUGUUUUACCUCAUCACAAAUAUAUGAAUAACUGUGUUGCCUCUUUUGUUUAGUGGAAUAUGUCAGAUGGCAGGGAGGGUUAGAGUUAAAAAUACGGAUAUACCAGAACUCAGAACUCCACCAUCGCACGGAAUCUUUAAUAUGCUCUGUACUUUCAGAGUUGAUAACCACGUUUAUAUCUAAGCCAAAAGAAAUUUGAAAUGAUUUUUCAUUUUUUUGCCUUUUAAAGUUUCAGGCAGUUAAAGUGCUUUCAUCACACACACUUCACAGGGAGUCUAGGAGCAGCAUUGUAAACAGCACUGUUUUUGUUUACACAUGAAAUAUCCAAAAAAUCCUUCACAUAUGACACCAUGAGCUGCAACAGAAGCAUCUGCAGCAACAACUUGUUCUGACUCAUUCAGCGUGGGGGAUGUGAUCUGUUAGUGUGAGACUUCUCACGUUAAACAGUCUGUAGGCUGAGGCUCCUUUUAUUUAUAUUUUGGAAAAUCAUUUUAUAGGUCAGUGAAUUUGAGCUUUCUUGCCUGCCGCAUUAGAGAACAUAUCUCAUGUUCAAACUUGAGUUCCAAAUGUUUCUUGUGUGUGUGCUCCCUCAGAGUACCCUGCCGCCUCAGCUCCUAAAUGGGUGAGUCGGGGUCACGCCGUUCCACACUCGUGUCCCGCCUGCCGAUUUUCCGCCGCAGCAGCAGCAAGAGGCAGGAGUCUCUCCCCUCCUCUCCGUCUUCGGGCGGACAGGGCAAUGGCGUCCACACCUCUUCGCCCUCCAGCACCAACUCCAGUUCUGGCAGUACUGGGAAACGCCGGAGCCUUUUCCGAGCCCCGUCCCUCAGUUUCUCGGCUAAACGGAACAGCGAGCCGCGUGUCCAGCCCAUCAACCUAAACCUCACCCCCCCGCUGACACAGAGCACCGAUGCCAAUGGGAAUAACCAGCAGACGAUAACGGCGUCGUCGCCGUCAGCGGGAUUCAGUGAAGGUGGCGGACGGCCCAAGUCGCGCCACUCAUUUGGGUUUGGCAGCCACAAGCAGAAGAAGAUCACGCGCUCUCAGACCGAGGAUUUUGAGAAAGUGUCCUCUUCCUCCUCCACAAAUAAUCGAAAUGUAUUUAUAAACUGCAUCAGCGGCUCGGGGGCCAACGAGGGUGACGACUCCGGGUUCCUCGAUGACUACAGCGGCGGGGGGAGUAGCAACACUAAACGGUCGUCACGGAAGAAACAGCUGCUGCCCAAAUCUUUCUCAGCUCACCACCGUUUCUCCCGGAACUCUGAUCACCACAGACCUCCAGAAGUGAACCUGGAACCCCCGAGCGCCACCAAUAUCGCCCCGGCGGCGGGGGGGCUCACCCCAGGGUCGUGGUCAGGAGAGUUGCUUGGUGCCGGAGGUGAAAGCUCACUGCAGUCCCCUAUGAUAUCAGAAGACCGAACCACAGCCAUCACCCCUUCAGAGUUCAUCCCCAUCACGGAGGAUUCUGCAUCCGAGGCGGAUGCCCUGCCAGCUCCCAGCCCCGGGUGUGGUUUAGCCCCAGGAUCUGCCUCUGGGCCUGGGCCGGCUAUUGACACAGCUCCACCUGAAGCCCCGCCUGCUGCAGAGACCUUCAGCUUGGCUGUCUCUACCUCACAGGUUUUCUUCACUCCAGCCCAGUCCAGCGCUGAGAAACCUUUACUCCCCGACGCCAGCACAGCAAACAACACGGACUAUGAGACUGCCAUUUCCCUCUCAGAGCCUGAGACAGCUGUCCCCUGCCUACCUCUGCGGGAACAAUCGCUGGAAGAGAGGAAGGAAAGAGAGGAAGAGAGAAAGGAAGCCAUGGAUGAGGUGUCAGCAGAGGAGAGGAUUGAGCUGGUGGAGGAGAGGAAGGCCAGUGUCCACAAAGAGACCACGAGUGAGAGCGAGGCGUGUGGUGCGGUACGCAGCGAGGGUUGUCACUCUAAUCCAGAGCAAUCGGAAAGACGGGCGAGAAACGUGCGCUCUAUUCAAGAGAGAGGAAGUUUCUGCGGCUGCCACGAACCAAGGUCCUCUCAUUUGAGGAAACCACAUGCAGCCUCUCUGUGUAGCAGCGUCAGCCCCUAUCACGAGGUGAUGCGGAUGGAAAGACGUCUUCGCUCCUCGUCUGAGGGGGCCGGUGGGCCUCGUAUCCAUGGAAACCACAAAGAUGCCCCGGGCAUGGAGGGAUGUGGUCUGCUCAAACGCAGAAACAACUCCUCGUCUUCCAAACUGGGAAGUCUGGAUGUUUUAAACAACCUGGGCUCAUCAGAGCUGGAUGAAGAUGAUCUCAUGUUAGACCUGGACUUCUCUGACGAUCAGCGACAUCGACAUGUGUCCAGAGAAGACUCAAGCCAGUCCCUGGCCUCCUGUCUCAAUCUGCUCCCUUCCCCCAUGGACCCAUCAGGAGAUCGCAUCCCAGGGAGAGAAAACAAUCAGAGGGAGCCCAGCCGCCCGACCAGCCUGCUGCCUGCUGACUGGAGCUCGGGGCUGGCUUUUGGGAGGGAAGAUGAGCCCUUACCUCCGGGGCUGGAGACCCUUCCGCUCCGACUGAUGCAGCAGGACUGCACUGCUGUCAAAACCCUGCUUUUACGACUGAGACGGACACUGCAGGAGAGUACAGAGACGAGUCCUGCCAGCAGCCUCCAGUCUCUCCCCAUCAGCCCCAGCAGUGAAAAAUCCCUUCCAUUUAAGGACCCUGGCAGAGAGGAGGCCUUGCUGCAACAGCUGAGAGAGAAAGACGAACUGAUUCUCAGACUCCACAAGGAACUGGAGAGUGCCAAAGCUGCCCAGAAGAUGAAAGACUGCCAAAUGACUGACCGUGCAACACAGACGGAGCACAUAGGGCCAGAGACCAGUCAUCCAGGCCGGUGGUCAGGACUAGGCAGCAGCAGCAGCAGCAGCAGCAGCCUGGCUUCAAGGGAACGAAGGGCAGUGCGGGGAGUGGGGGCAGCACUCGGAGGGGACCUCUGUAACCAGCACCUCCCCCACUACUGUCCUCCUCUGCAUGGCCGCCCGCCCGUCUCUGAACGACACACUGCCAGGGAGGAGCGCCACUGCCAGGGCAUCUUGGCACACUCCACAGCCCGUAACCCUGCUCCCAAUCUAGCUCCAGUCUCCUCCAACUUGUCCUGUGCCACUUCUGCAGCGUCAGCCCAAGCCUCACUUACUACUCCAGCCCAGCUUCAAGUUUCACACCUGGGCCAUAGUCCAAAUCAAUGCCCCGGCUCCGGUUCAGCGGCUGCUAAACACCACGCAAUUCCAUCUCUGUCCUCCAGGCAGCCGGAGGGGGUGUCCUCCUCUUCUGAGUCCUUGACUCCGGGAGGAGGAGGAGGAGUGAGUCUGUCAGGUGGGGCAAGGAGAGGAGGAGGAGGAGAGCACCACCCCCCGAGCCAUAUCCCUCGUGCAGUCGGGGCCAGCGCCUCGUCGAGCCUCCACAGUCUUGCAAGCAGAGGGAGCCCCUCCCCAAGCAUCUCAUCGCCCAUCCGAGCCUCCCCUCCACCUCCUACUCCUUCCCCAGCGUCCUCCUCCUCCUCCUCCUCCUCUUCCUCCACGUUUACGGGUCGCUUAGGGCAACCACCUCGAGGCCCUCUGUCUCUGCAUAGCUACAGUCGUAAAAAUGUCUUCCUCCAACAUUCCCUACAGACUGCCGAACUGCAAGCGCUGACACAGAGAGACAGUUGAGGGCACACAAACAUUUACGCCAUCCAUAUUGACUUGAGCGACAAAAUGUGUGACUUUCUAGAAAUAACUGCUGCUCCUUCGGUACAAAUUGCUUGUGUUCCGCUGUCCCAAUGCCACCUGAAUCACCAACCACACGCGCUUACAAUCAUGCUUGUCGCUCUUUACAAUCCAGACCAACCUUUUGCUGACAUUUCCUUCUUCGUUUUGCACCUUUUAACACACUCAUAUGCCAGGUUACAUACACACACACACACACACACACACACACACACACACACACACACACACGCACACAUACACAUACAUAUCUGGCUUUGAGUUUGCACUCACCCGUCUAUCAGAACUCCCACGGUGUGUGUCAUGCUGACAGUUUAGAUGUGCUUACGCCCUCAGACCCACAACGUGCACAGAGGACUCACAGCCUCAUAUCCAUGCACACGUUCACAGAUCUAGUCACACACACUUUGACACACACUCUCUCACAGAGACGUCUUCUGUGAUAUAGCUGCCUCACAAUCUGCACAAAUAAGAGUUCGCUAAUGCAGAGAUGAGGUUUGCAUUGUGUUUUUGUUUUUAUCCAUUUAUUUGAUCAUCUUUAAAAGUUCAAACAUGUGCUGCUUGAUGAACGAUGGAAAUGACCAUCAUUUGACUCAAAUUGCCAAAUCCUACGUCAGAUCAACUCCUCAUUCCUUGAUGUCCACCAACAGAAGUCCAGAUGAAAAGACAAAUGUUGAGAUGAUAGUCCACAUCCAUGAACCGUUUACUGCAUGCUUUUUAGAAAUUCAGGAGACUAGAGGUGAGCAUUUUGUACUGCAACAGAAUAGAGAUCUGGGUGACUUUAAAAGUCUUUUAAUAACUUUUCAGUAUCAACCCUCAUCUCAGUGUUUCAUGAAGCUGAUUCUGAAGGGAAUCAAACAUGCCAAAACCUCUAAGACACGAGCUUGUUGAGUGUUUUUGAGUCUACAUGGAUAAGAUGUUACAAGAACUUUUAGCUUAGAAAUACAAGAAUCAAUGUGUACCUGCGAUGUUAGAUUAGUACAGUACAGACAUGAAGAGUUUCAUUCUAAAAUAAGAUAUCUGCCAUUUCAAUAAUUCAACAUGUAUAAUGACAAAAUGACACUAAAGCUUUACUGAAUGAACCCUUAGCUAACUUUAUCAAAACACAUCAGAAAAUGAGACCGACAGAACAGGUUUUAGGAUUUGGCACAACCUGCAUUCUGUAUUUUUUUCCCAAAAUGAGGGUUAAAGUAUCAGGUGUUGGAAUGAACCUCUUCACAUCGUCUUUAGGGCUGGGUAUUGAUCAGGGAGACCUACUGGUGCUUUGCUAAAUGACAAAAUCAAAAUCCAUCUUUUGGAUUCAAAGGAAAAUCAAUCGAGUCCGAUCUCGUCCAAGUGACAUAAUACUGCACAGAGAGUUGUUUACCUGAUCAUGAAAAAGGAAGAAAUAGAAAACAUGUUUUACUGAACUUUUCCAUUUGAGUUUUUCGAUGGUACCCAGUCCUUUUACGAUCGCCUUCUUUUAUCUUCCUGAUCUCAGAUGUGUUGGGCAUCUCUUAAAAAAGGGAUCCAACGUGAUGGCAUUUGGUACUGUGAGGCUAUGCUGUCAUUGGGACAUUAGGACUCAUAGCUUUUGAUAGAGAUUUACAUAUAUCAUCACUGCCAUGACCUGGAUUUGAUAAGUUUGAAAACACAUCUUUUAAAAAUCUGUGAGCAACUUGACUGCAUGACAGCCUCUUCAAUCUGCCACUGUUGAAUAUAUUUGUAUUUGCUCUGUUGAAGCGUCAAACAGGAUUUCAGGUAAACAAAUAUUAUAAUGUCGGCCGGGAGGUGGUAACCUGCGCUGCUGCUAAGCACAGGCCAGGAGUUCACCGCUCCCGGCAUCUACAGAGAAUGUUAGAUUUUGGGGAAGUUGUUGACCUUGUCUGCCUCUAGACGGCACCCGGCUGUUGGGAGGUUGUACAGAUUGUGUUUGUUGUAAUGUACACCUCAUGAGGCAAGGACCUGGUAGAGGUGAGGAAAAGCCUGAAGGAAUACAGCUCAGCUCCCACUGGCGGAAACUACAGUUUUCCCUCUGUUCUGCUUCACCUGCACAUUAUUUGCUCUCUUUUUCACUUGCUGUCCUUAUUUCUUUCUCUACCCUAUUUUCUGUUUUUUUCCAUCCAUCCACUCUUUACUCCCCCUUAAUCUCUCCCUAUACAUGUCCCUCCCUCUAUCCCCCAGCAUCCCUCUCCACUGCAUGCAAACUAAGUAGCUCCUUUUGUUCCUGUGCUCCUCUUCAGUCGGUUAUCUUCCUUCCCCCACUAUCAUGUCCCGGGUCUCUCCUUCCCUCCAUGUCUCUACCCUGCUUAGCGUACUUACCCAGAGCAUGUAUUGUCACAGUGUAUCUAUAACAGACGCUACUGCAGUGGCUCUCAGUCCUGAGCAUUGGGGGCCUGAUUUUCAUUCCAGCUGUCUAAUCAGGGAAUCAUUUUACACCUGCUGAAUGUAAUUAUGCGACCUGGUAGUGUAGACGGCCAGCAGUAAUCUGGCUCCGGGGGACUGAGAACCACAGCUGCAAUGUGAACCGAGCAUUCCCUGACACAAUGCGGUGUCAAUGGCUGACCUGUUAAGAAGUGCUAUCUGCAUCCCUCAUCAACGCAUGCAUCAUAAUGGCACUAAGUGAAAUGUCAUAAGGGAGGAUUUGGCUGUGUUUGCACUGCCCUCUCGGAUAUCUAUCCAUUCCCCCUCGCAGUGUUUCAAACUGAGAAACCACAAAGGUGGGUUGCUGAUUAUGAGACAUAUCAAGAAAGGAAAAAGCCACAUCUGAGAUGGCAGUUCAAAUGUGGAAACUGAGCUCUUUGAAAAACAUCUUCCCCCGUGUAAUUGGAAGAAUGAACUGAUGUUGAAUUUCGCUGCUGGGAAACGAGGGUCUGCAAUCAUGAAGUGGGCACACGUCACACACCUCAAUUCUUCAUUCUACUGAGCAACAUGCCGUGCAUUUAAGAGACUUUCAUUUGUUGUGAAGUUAUUUAUUGUUUUUUGCCUUAUUUAUUGCCAUAGAAUCUGUUUCCUAAAAGCUUCUUGGCACUAACAAAUUAUUACAGUGGUCAUGAAAUGACCACUGUAAUAAUCAUGAUGUUUUUAUUAUAACUUUAAUGAAUCACAGAGAUUACACUGUCCUAGCUUUUUAAUAUGCUUACUGUAAUUAUGUUUUGCUUUUCUUUACAAAUUAAUGUGAUAAUGAAAUUAAGCUGUACAUAGAUUACUUAACUGUUGAUGUUCACUGUUCAUGAUCCCAAAUGUUUCGUGCUCAUGUAAAUGACAUUUAAAGAAUAUGGGUUCACUUACAUUGUUUGUCAGCCGUAACGGAUGAAAACACAACAAUAAAGUUUGUUUCAUUGACGAAUGAUAAAUGCAGUCAGAGGUCUGAGCUAUUACCAAAGUUGUUCAGGCUAUUGUAAUGCAUCAGAAAACAGAUCUGACAAACUUAAUGAACUCCAUGUUAGAGUUAGACCCGAUGCUAGUUUUGACUCACUCAUAGGUGAAAUCCAGCCUUUGCACUAAGACUAUUCCUGCUUGAGAGAUUACUUUGAAAGACAUGACUUUGCAAACUUUUGCCUAACUGUUUCAGAAAAGUGGACGGUUGAUCUAUUAAAGCUGCUUUUUUUUCUGUUUAGGAUGAAGUCUGUGUCUAGGUAUAUAAAACUGUUGGGUAGACUCGCACUGUGAGCCCCGGACCAGUGUGCCCAUAUAUUCAUUGGGGAUAAUCCGCCCAUACGUGGAGGAAAAUAGAAAAAUCCUUCUUCAGAGAGUCCGUUCUCACUUUCCAUGGUCCUUCUAAACAGGUUUGAAAUUGUUUGAUGGGCUUAUCUAUGGUCAAAAGAACCUUGCAGUGUGUGUUUACCCAACGUAUUCCUCUUCAGUUUCACCAACACCAUUUUUUUUUUGUCACGCUCACAGUUGUUGUUCACAUGAAAUUUCAGAGGAUUUUUGUCCACUGUCUCCUUAUUGUUAAUAUUUAAUACAAAUAAAAUGUAUGAAAACAUUCGCUCCAGAUUGUUAUUUGAUUAUUGUUUUUUUCCAUCACCGAUG